AUGGACCGUCUCGGCAAGUUGAUCGAAUCGAUUACAAAACCAAGAUAUGAGGAAGAUUUCGUAGACCGUCUGAAUUAUCGAGUAACCACCUACAUACUACUUGCAGCUGCUUUCACCAUCAUUGCUAAGGAAUACGGUGGAAAGCCCAUCCAGUGUUGGCUGCCAGCAGAAUUAGCUUCACAGAAAGGAUGGGAACAGUAUGCCGAAAACUACUGUUUCGUCGAGAAUACUUACUAUAUUCCACUCGAUCAGAAAAUUCCACAAAGUAGUAGACAUCGAAGUGAAAGAGAGCUCACUUAUUACCAGUGGGUACCUUUUAUGCUGAUGAUGCAAGCACUCAUGUUUACCGGACCACACGUGUUUUGGCGCAUGCUCAACUGGAUGUCAGGUAUACAAACACGUGCUGUGAUUACGAUGGCCAGCAGUGCAUCGAAGAAAAACCCGGCCACGAAUGAGGUUAGUAAGAUGGUUGAUGUUGUAGCUGCUCACCUAGAACGUUCACUUCACGAGAACAAUUUUCAUCAUCACUUGGCACACAGCAAUCCGCUCGUAUUCCUAUUCAGGUUUCAAUGCUUAAGAGUUGUAUCGGUUUCCUAUUUGAGUUCGGUCUAUGUAUUAACGAAACUGCUUUUCAUUGCUAAUGCAUUUCUGCAGCAUGUGAUUUUAUCCGCGUAUCUUGGAUCGAGUGGUUAUGAGAUAACAAAAGCUCUAUUACAACAACGCUCGUGGGAAGUCACCGGACUCUUCCCUCGUGUUACCAUGUGCGAUUUCAAGGUGCGAGACAUUGGGCAUCGACAUCAUUUUACCAUUCAGUGUGUACUGAUGGCGAAUAUGUUCAAUGAGAAGAUCUUCCUCGGUCUGUGGUGGUGGAUUUUGAUUCUACUGACGACAACGUGCGUCAACUUCAUUUACUGGAUAUACGUAAUGAAUUGUGGCUCAUCAAAGUGCAACUUCCUCGAAGGACUCAUCACUCUUGGUGUAACUUUUCAUAUCUUUCAAAUGCACAAACUUCUGUUGCCUAUGGAGAUAGAAUCAUGGGACAGCCAUCUGGUACAGUUCAUCUGCCGAGCGACGCCAGCAUUACAUCCAUCUGUGAAAGUAAUGCAUCAUCGUGUUGAGAUGCUUGCGCAUCAGUUGGGAGGUGACGGUAUGUUAGUGCUACGCUUGAUGGCACAAAACGCUGGUGAAAUCAUUACCAGUCUUGUGGCUGCACGUCUAUAUGAUUUAUUCUCCGUGAAACAAAAGGAGAACUGCAACAGUUUCUACAAUCCAGCAAUGCAGAUUCCGCCGCUUAAUGAUGCACCUAAAAAGCCACUGGAUGAAAUCAAAACUCCGCUACCUUAA